AUGAAGAUCAAGACGGCUUUUCUCGGACUGCUGUCCGCGCUUUGUCUGGCGACGCAAGCAGCGCAAUGCUGGCGAGAAACAUCUUGCAGCGGUCCUGAUGAGACGGCUUUCCCAGGGGAGUGGGAGAAAAGCAUAUACGCGCCGUCGACCAGAAUUGUCUCUCCAGAGCACGUCUUUACAACGCGGAAUAGGACAUCUCGCCCUUGGACAGGUUCUGCAAGCCUCUCUGGGAAUGGCUCGAACGUCGUACUUGACUUUGGUCGAGAAGUAGGUGGACUUGUCUCCCUGUCCUACUCUUCGUCUGCUCCCGGCAGUCUCGGUUUGGCAUUUACUGAAGCGAGCACUUGGAUCGGCGAGUGGUCGGAUGCUUCCAAUGGAAAAUUUGCUGGCAGAGACGGCGCACUUUAUGCGAACUUCUCGACAGCCGGAAAUGGAACCUAUGUCAUGCCAGACAAAGUCAUGCGUGGUGGUUUCCGCUACCUGACCAUUUUCCUCAUCACAAAUGCGACCACCACCGUUAGCAUAUCUGAUAUUCAACUGGAGAUCAGCUUUCAGCCUACCUGGGCCAAUCUUCGGGCGUAUCAAGGGUACUUCCAUAGCGAUGACGAGCUCCUCAACCGGAUCUGGUACGCAGGGGCAUAUACAUUGCAAACCAACUCAGUCCCUGUCAAUACUGGGCGCUGGGUGCCCAUGCUUGCGAAUGGUUGGGCCAACAACGGUACCCUCGGGCCUGGUGACACAAUCAUCGUGGAUGGUGCGAAAAGAGAUCGCGCCGUCUGGCCGGGUGACAUGGGAAUUGCCGUCCCUUCAGGAUUUGUGAGUAUCGGAGACUUGGACAGCGUGAAGAACGCGCUGCAGGUCAUGUACAACUACCAGAACACCGACGGAUCGUUUCCAGAAGCUGGUCCGCCUCUGCUCCAACAAAACAGCGAUACCUAUCAUAUGUGGACCAUGAUUGGCACAUACAAUUACAUGCUUUACAAAAACGACACAGCCUUUGUACAGCAGAAUUGGGCCAAUUACCUUAAGGCGAUGACCUACAUCUACGGGAAGGUGCAGCCCAGCGGUCUUUUGAACUCUACCGGAACGCGCGAUUGGGCUCGCUGGCAAACCGGCGGCAAUCUCACCGAAGCCAAUGUCAUCUUGCAUCACACGCUUCGGACCGGAGCUUCGUUAGCUACCUGGCUGAAAGAUACCACCGGAUUAAGUGCGCAGUGGCUGCAGCAGGCCGACACGCUGCGGACCACCAUCCAGACCCAUUGCUUCGACGAUGCAUACGGCGCCUUCAAGGACAACGCCACAGCCACGAAGCUGCACCCCCAAGACGCAAACAGCAUGGCCAUCCUCUUCGGUGUCGUCAACGCCUCGUCUUCCACCGCAUCCAGCAUCUCCUCUCGGCUCACAGAAAACUGGUCCCCCAUCGGUGCAGUCGCCCCCGAACUCCCAGAAAACAUCUCCCCCUUCAUCUCCAGCUUUGAGAUUCAAGCCCAUCUCACCAUCGGCGAGACAGACCGCGCGCUCGACCUCAUCCGCCGCAGCUGGGGCUGGUACGCCAACCACUCGAACGGCACGGGCUCCACCGUCAUAGAAGGCUACCUCGUCAACGGCACGUUUGGAUACCGCUCCAGCCGCGGCUACGGCUACGACGCCUCGUAUGUGUCGCACGCGCAUGGUUGGAGUGCCGGGCCGACGAGCGCUUUGACGGAGUAUCUCGUGGGUAUUGCGGUUACCAGCCCUGCGGGGAGUACGUGGACGUUGAGGCCUCAGUUCGGCGACGUGAAGAAUGCUGAAGCCGGGUUUGUGACCGGUCUGGGCAAGUUCGUUGCGAAGCGCUCGAGGUAUAAGGGCGGGUAUCGGGUUAUGGUUAAUACUCCUGUUGGGACUAUGGGGGAGGUGAGUUUGCCUGUUUUUACAAAGGGGAAGAUACCGGAUGUGAAGGUCAAUGGUACGAAACCGGUUUCUGCUCGUCUGGAGAAUGAUAGCCAUGUGGCUUUCUCGCUGGGAGGAGGACAUUGGCAGAUCGUUGUAAGCGAGGGUUAUUAG